CACGGCUGGGCACGGCAGUGUGCCUAUCUCCUCUCGGACUUGCACAUUAUUCAGACCAAAAGUGGCGGCUCGCACUAUGGAUGCUACUGUUUAUGAGAUCAUAUUUGGAGAGCUCGGGGACCUAAAUUGUAGUUUAAUAGAGGCUUUCCAGGACACUUUUUUGGCAAAUGCUUCAUUGUCAUUGCUGAGCACUGAUGGUUUAUAUUGCAAUGCCACAACCGAUGAGAUUGGAACCUGCUGGCCACGGAGCAGCACUGGCAGGAUUGUAGAAAGACCUUGCCCUGAGUACAUUAAUGGGGUGAAGUACAACACAACGAGGAGCGCUUACAGGGAAUGUAUGGAUAACGGAACAUGGGCGCUGAAGAGUAAUUACUCCAACUGUGAACCCAUUUUGGAGGAGAAGAGAAAAUAUCCGAUGCAUUAUAAAAUAGCGCUGAUCAUCAACUACUUAGGCCAUUGCAUCUCUGUGGGAGCUCUUGUCGUGGCCUUCAUUCUCUUCUUGUGCUUAAGGAGCAUACGAUGUCUUCGAAACAUCAUCCACUGGAACUUAAUCACCACCUUCAUACUGAGGAAUGUUAUGUGGUUUUUGCUUCAGCUGAUUGACCACAAUAUCCAUGAGAGCAAUGAGCCUUGGUGUCGCUUAAUAACGACAAUAUACAACUACUUUGUGGUGACAAACUUUUUCUGGAUGUUUGUUGAAGGAUGCUACCUUCACACAGCCAUUGUAAUGACAUAUUCAACUGAUAAGCUGAGAAAGUGGGUCUUCCUGUUUAUCGGCUGGUGUAUUCCAUGUCCUAUAAUUGUGGCUUGGGCCAUAGGAAAGCUGUAUUAUGAAAAUGAACAAUGCUGGUUUGGUAAAGAACCUGGAAAAUACAUGGACUACAUUUACCAGGGACCUGUUAUUCUUGUGCUUUUGAUAAACUUUGUUUUCCUCUUCAAUAUAGUUCGAAUUCUUAUGACCAAACUAAGAGCUUCAACCACAUCAGAAACAAUACAGUACAGAAAAGCCGUGAAAGCAACACUAGUCUUGCUACCUCUGCUCGGCAUCACCUACAUGCUCUUCUUUGUGAAUCCGGGGGAGGAUGACAUCUCGCAAAUUGUGUUCAUCUAUUUCAACUCCUUUUUACAGUCUUUUCAGGGGUUCUUUGUGUCAGUGUUUUACUGCUUUCUAAACGGAGAGGUUCGCUCAGCAGUAAGAAAACGGUGGCACCGCUGGCAGGACAACCACACUCUUCGAGUUCGAGUGGCGCGAGCCAUGUCUAUCCCGACCUCACCGACCAGGAUCAGCUUCCACAGCAUCAAACAGACCACAGCCGUGUGACCACAGAAACACGCAAUCUCCAUACUGAUUCCUCCAGCAAGGUCGCUGUUUGUCCGGUAUGACUAAGGAGUCAUGCGAUUUAUUUUGCCUGGUGACAAAAGUUCAUUUUAACUGCACAAAAAUGACAUGAAGCUCUCGUUAUAAGGUACCGUUUGUGACGUGGAUGGGCUUGGUUUUUCGAAACAACGAAAUGGUUCAAUCGUCACAUUACAGCAGGUUUGACCCUAUAAUUUUAGUGUUGUUACUGGUUAUGAGUACUUGAAAUUUGACUGACCUUGACGCAUUCAUAUGUUGCCAAAACUGCCAUUUGUAUCUAUUAUGAUAAAAAUGCUAAGCUGCUCUUUGAAUUACCUGCUCUUUAUCAGCAGCUUAAUUUGACAGAAAGAAGCUUUUUGGGGAGGAAGAAAACAGAAAACAGCACAGAGUAAAAAAAAAAUAAAUAAAAAAUGAGUCAUAACACUCUGAAGUGAAAACAAUUUAACGUAGAGUCAUCAACUGCUUUUUUUUUUAACUAAAACACAAUCUCAACACAUGAUGUUUUGGUUAAUGUGAGAUGCGGCUAUUUUAUACAAACAAACCAUUUUAAGAAGCUUUUAUAAUGUGUCUUUUUUAAAAUCAUUUUUCUUCUUUCUUUUUUUUACAUCUUUCUUACUGUUGUAAACAUUGGUAAAUACUUUUUUCACUCUCUUUGUUCUGAGGAUUUGAUUUUACAACUAUUUCUAUUUCCUUUUGUUAGACUUGGUCUUAUUUUUUUGUUGCUUUUUUUUACUGUGCAAGGAAGGUGUCGACAUAAAGAGCAAUUUAACGUGUUAUGUGUUUGAACUCCCCGAGAGCGAUAAAUGAGCGUUCCCGACUUAGAGUUCUCUUGCAGACGAGGAAAGGUAUGAUUAUAUAUACAUUAUUUUAUGGAGCCAAGUGAUUCUCAUUUAUGUAAUCUGUUAAGUGCUGCACAUGGAUUUGUCAUGCAGGCACAGUGGAAGCAGAUUAAAUUCUUUUGGCUUUAUGAAAUCCUUGUGGCUUCCUUAUAAUCAGUGUCACAUACUAAGCUUCUGGGUCAAAGGAAGAGGAGCUUGACAAUAUGAGGACCGAUCGGUUUCCUAAACCGUUGCUCUGGUGAGAUCAACCUUCUGCUUGCCUGUAACCCCGGCUCUUACACCUCCUAAGGCUGCUCACCCAAUAGUAAUUUAAACAGCCAUGUAUGGACAGAUAAUAAUAAGGGAGGGAAUGUUUGUUAUGAAAAGGUUUAUCGAUCAAUUACAGCAAGCUUACAUUUUGAUGCACAUAUUCCCUACUGUGUUGAUAGAUUAGCUACACAUCUGUUAAAUAAAAACUGUCUGACAUUUGAUGGGUGGCAAAAUCAGCACCACUCAUUUCUGUUUGAUGUGUGUUUUGUGUGGAUUUAACACUAACGCUUAAUACUGUGAUUGAGCUCUAGAGGGGUCAUUAAGAAGAUUUCGUAAGCUUCGGACAGAAAGUGGAUGACCUUCCCAUGUUUUAUUUAUUUAUUAAGUUUAUGUAUUUAUUUCAGAUUAUAUUUGAAUUGAUAUCGGGGUUUGUAUUUAAAAGUGUCACAUAAAACAUCCAGAAUUUAUUUCACUCAUGUGAAGAUGGUGUACAUAACACAAAAUAUUUAAUCACAUCUUGAUGUAAAAAAAAAAAGAAGUAUUUUGUAAACGUUUGCUACAUUACAACAUCUGUUUCUGUUGAUCUUAGUUCAUUUUUGCUGUUGCUGCUUGAUGACGCUUGAUGUUUGCUGGUAAAUACUGAUCACCUCUCAUUAUUUACCCAUUAAUAUAUAACUCUGAUCAAGGGCGUCAUAAUUUAGCCAUGACAUUGCGCACCCUCCCAAGACUUCAGUAUGUUACAUACAUACAAAGUGUACCACAUUACAUUACAACUGUGACGUAUUUUCAUAAAGAAACUUUUUUUAAACAAAUGUGAAUAAAAUAUAAAUAAAACUAUAUUUUAUUUGAAAUCACCAAAGAGAGAAACCAUGUUUACUGACAUACUGACUUUUUAACUGCCUAUGUAUUUCUAUUAUUUCCACUGGACUUUGUCGACCAAAUCUUGUUUAUUUUGUACAUCGUUUAUUGUACAUGAUGUGUAUUCAGUGCUGUUUGAUGUCAGACAUAAUUUUAUAAAAAAAAUCAAACUCUUUGUUGAACAACCCAGGUUGCCUUAUGAACAAAAGAAAAAAAAAGUUUUGUGAAAAUGAAGCCGUUGUCUCUGUUAAUCAUGUAUCUUUGUGUUACUUGUAUACACUUGGACUGUAUGUGUGAAAAAAGGAUUUUGAUUAAAAUUGUACUUUAAAUUAUAUAACACACUAUAUAUUUUGGAGGGGGGCAUUUCAGUGCAUUGGGUCCAUACAGUUUGAAAAUCUUACAAAAGCCACAGAUUGCACUAAUAGAAUCUGUUCAGCUGAUUCAUUUGCUGUGUAUCUCCCUCACCUCCAGGCACUUUAUAAA